AUGUCUUCCCCUCCUCGUAGGCGCAUCUCUCCAGUGAAUCCCUCUGGAACUGCAGAAAACUUACCACCGCAACGUGCUCUUAAUCCCGAUAACAAAUUUAAUCCUCUUCUACGCACUGUUUCUCCGCCUUUAUACAACACUCGCCUCAGUAACCUCAUCUAUCUCUUGGUCGGGCUGACAACUCUGUUGACAGUCUUCUACGGCUAUAGAACCAUGCAAUACAAGACAUCAGUAGGGGGAUGGUGGGGUUUGCUCCUCGGGAAGAAACCCCCUGAAAUGCAGGCUUCUGGAACACCGUCAUUUGGUGGUUACACAGAUGUCAAUGCCGAUAGUCGAAGCAUCGAAUCACACAUUUUGGCCCUUGCACUGGCAUUAGGAAUCCCUUCACAAGAAUUAGCCACGGCAAUCGCAAGUGCUGUGAGGUCACACGUUCCUCCAGCAAGUUUAUCAUCAAUCAAGGCCCACGAAACUGGGGAUGCCGUUAAACUGUUGCUCCAGGAUCCAGCAGCUACAACAGACGGAGGGCAUGGUGUAUGGGAAGCUGCCUCUACAGCAGCAGGUGUGGUUGACGGAGUUGUAAGCGGGAUGGAGAAUUUUGUAGGAAUAGACGAACCAUAA